AUGGAAACUACUACAACAAGGAAUGAUUACGUAAAUAAAUACCCCUCUAAUUUACAAAUAACAUCGUAUAACUUCCCAUCCACUACUACAACUGGGGAGGUUUGUGCCGGAGUGGUUAAAGCACCAGGUGUUCAUGCAAAAAACGCAGCACAACAUUACGCAGAUCUUCAGAUGCUAGAAGAGAACGAAGAAACACGCGAAGUAUUUUGGAACAGUGAAACCCAAGAACGAAAAGAAAUUGAAUGUGCUCGAGUUGACGGAAGUUUUGACGAUGGUCCGUCCCAUUGCGAGGUUCAAUAUUGGUGGACGGUUCGUCACCUUGUAACCAGUUGCCAAAUGACGUUAGUAACGUCUAGAAACAGUGGUGCGAGCUAUAGGAACCGCGUAGAGCUGCAAAAUGGCAGUCUUGCCCUAGGUCAUGCUAAACUUUUUAUUCCUUCAACUCUUAAUGGCUCCUGUAUUAGUGGUGGAAACAUUGACAACGAUUUGCUGCGUAAAAAUUUGGAUGCUGCUAUAAAUGUAUAUAUAUCAAGAGUUAAUAAAACUCCCUGUUGUGCUGGAACAGUUAUUAAUCUAUACAAGGGAGCAGACAGUAAAGCAUACCAGGAGGAAAAUGAUUUUUUUAAAAUUUUCUUGAAAGGAAAGAAAGAAGAAAGGGAAAAGCAAAAGAAAGAUCAUCCUGAGAAAUAUGCUCGUGCUCAAGCGAUUUGGAAUCUACGAAAACGACAUAUGAGAACAGAUGUUCCAUUAAAGUAUAUUUUUUGCCUGAGCUGUUGCUACCAACCUGACUGUGAACAUUCUUUGUGUCGUAAAGGUAAGCCUACUGAAGAACCCACAUGGUAUGUUGGUGGCCCACUCUUGUCUUUCCUACCUGUGCCUUGUCCUGAUCCUGAACGUUGCUAUGGCAGUGAACAAUGCAGUGAAUGUAAUGGUGCUUGCUACGGCCAUUACCUAAAGUUAGAUGAACUUUGGAAGUAUAAAUAAUUUUGUGUUUUUAAUUUAAAUCAAGGAUUACACAAGAGGUUUUUGAUAAUACUUUUAUUUUAGCUACGUUUCAGAUAGUUUACUAUCCGUCCUCAGGCUAACAAAUUGUUCUUACAUUUGAAGUAUACUUCCGAAGUAAGUGAUGUGAAAUGUUGCCUGCCAUCAGAAGUUAUUUUAGCAGAAUAUGACAAACAUCGAAAAGAAGCCAUUUCCAUGCACGGGAUACUUGAUGAUAAUUGUGUACAAGAUCUUGCUAAACAAACUUUGCUCUCUCCUGAAGAAGUAACUAUGUGGCUCAGUCAUUUGAACACAAUUGCAGAAAAUAGAAAGAAAGGUGCAGAGAAAGCAGCCGAAACACGUAGAGCAAGAAAGGAAGCAUCAAAGAAACUGAUAGAUUUACCGAAUGGAGAUGACUCCGAGGUGUGCGAUGUUUGUAAGUUAGAAGACCCGGCUGAGGGGGGUGAAGAAAUAGUUCCUUGGGUUUGUUGCGACGGUUGUUCACAGUGGAGCCACAUUGUGUGUGUUGGUAUUGAGACUGAACUUGAAAUUCCAAAUCAUUGGCAGUGUUUUAAAUGUUCUGAGAAGUGGGAAUAG